AUGUUAUUCUCUGCCAUGCUUUUGGUAAGAUGGUAAAUGCUGACAAAUCGGGAAUGCUUAUUAAGUAAUAGCACAUUCUGUAGAUUAAAUUACACUCUAGGUUAAGGAUGUGCUUUUAGUAAUUGUAGUCAAAUUAAGGACUCUACCAUAUGUAGUUCAGCAAAGAUUUCUAAUGGCGAAAAAUGUAAAUGGAUUGACAAUGGGGAAGGGUCAUACAUUUGCACAAACAAAUAUUGUUAUGAGUUUACAAAUUAAUUUGAUUGUGAAAACAGUUAUGGUUAUAUUUAGCCAGUUGCCACAAAAUGUUAUUGGUGUUCACUUUACAGUACUAAAUGUUCUAAUUCUAAAUAUUGCAGUGGAACUAGCAUGACUUCACCUACAUCACAUCAGGAUUGCAACAAUUCUUCUGUGGAAUAGACAAUCAGUAUAACAUGGAGCUAAAAGUGCACAGUCAAAAAACAAUAAUGUUCAGAAUAUACAUAUUAAGAGGCUUGUGUAAGCACGAUUGAUGGCAUAGACUGUAUUUGGUAUUCUAACGCUUGUAUAAUUUAUUGUCAAGCAGCAGUGCAUUACUUAAUGACCUUAACACAUUUAUCAUGUUAUAGUUGGAAGGAUUCUUGUAUGUCGCUUAAUAACGCGGAAUGUCAAAUUCUAGAUUGUUAAAUAUUAACAAUUAGUACAGACUGUGCUAUUUUUACUACAAAAUGUUUUUGGGAUGGUUUUGUCUGUUAAAUAAUUGGUGAUUGUAGCAAAUACUCUGAUGAACCCUUGUGCUCAUUUACAAUUAAUUCAUAAGGUAUCCCUUGCUUUUGGGAUGGUACUGUAUGUUUAGAGAAAACAUGCUCAAAUAAACCAACACCUUCGAUUAAUCAAGCAGAGUGUGAUAGUUGGCUAAUUAACUGUUAGUGGAAUAGCAAUGAUGAUCGAUGCGUAGAAGAUUGCACUCAAGCAAAUAUUUCAAAUAACACUCAUUAACAAUGCGAAUCCUAUUUUUUAAAUAAAAGUUGUACUGUUAAACUAGAUUAAAUUCAAUGUGUAGACCUUCCAUUUUCCUGUUCUUUAGCAAAGAAAACCUAAUGUUAUAAAGAUUAAUUUGGAAACGAAUGCUACUUUUAAGACUCAUUAAAUCAAUGUGUCAACUUUACAUGUUCAAACUUGUAAGCAUCAUAUACAACACAUGAACAAUGUAACUCAAGGUUAAAAUCUUGUACAGUUAAUUCAACUUUGGAUGGAUGCCAAUAAUUAAAUGUUUGCAGCAGCUAUUUAAUCAAAGAAUAAUGCGAAAUUGAUUCAAAUAAUGUAGAAUGCCAAUGGAUGAUAGAUUAAAAUAAAUGUACAAUAAAGAACUGUUUAACUGCACAAUUACCUUUAUAUUCAGCACAUAGUUGUCAUUAGUAUUUUGGGAAUUCUUGUACCGUAAAUGAAAGUUUGAAUGGAUGCGAGAUUGGCCAAUCCUUUUGCAUGAAAUACACAUAUAAUUAAUGCAAAAGUGAAGGGCAAAUGAAUUUAAAUGGGGUGAACUGUUUCUGGAAUGAGGACAGGAGUAUUUGUUUAGAGAAGAUAUGCGAGAAUGGUCCUCCGCUUGCCCAAUCCCAUUCUGAAUGUAUGGGGUUUCUCUCUACUUGUUCAAAAGGUGGUUGUCGUAUAAAAGAGUGCUUUGAUUAUAAUUAUGCUAUAGAUUCAGCUUGUGCUUCAAUAUUCGAAAGCAAGAAAUGUGCGACAAAUGGAUAUCAAUGUGUGUUGCGAAAAGCUUGCGAAGAUACUAAUAGUAUGGAUGGUUGUACAUUUGAUAUCAAUCUCAAUCCAUGUGUUUGGAUUAAUGACAAAUGUUAUACAAAAACUUGUGGAACAGCAUCAAUUUCUCUUACAAAAUAUUAGGAAUGCAAUGCGUAUAUUUCAACUUGCACUGCUAAAUAAGGAGGAGGAUGUACUAUAAAAUAACAUUGUCACAAUUACUAAAUAAAAGAAGCCUGCUAUACAGAUAGCGAAAAUGUAGAAUGCAUCUGGGAUGAUACUCUAAAUUAAUGUUUUUCCAAUCAAUGUAUUGAUUUCUGUGGGGAUGGCAUUGUCUCUAGUAAAGAAGAAGAAUGCGACGAUGGUAAUUAUUUCCCUUAUGAUGGUUGUUAUAAAUGUCAAAUACAAUGUCCAUAAGGAUGUAAUAUUUGUAAUGGCUCUGUGUGCGAAGAUUGUCAAAAGAAGGGUUGGGUAUUGUCUAAUGGUAUUUGUAAAUCAAUAUGUGGGGACGGUUAUGUAGUAGGAAACGAAUUUUGUGAUGAUGGAAAUUAGAUUGAAUUUGAUGGAUGUUAUUAAUGCUCCUAUUCUUGUCAUUAAAAAUGUCUCAAUUGCUUCUAAGGAAUAUGUUUACUUUGCGAGAAGGGAUACUUAGAAAACGAAUCUUAAUGUCAUACUGUUUGCGGAGAUAGUUUUCUUGUAUAGCAACUAGAAUAAUGUGACGAUGGAAAUAAAUAGAAUAAUGAUGGAUGUAGUGACACUUGUUAAGUUGAAAGCGACUGGAAAUGCUAAUAGGAAAAUAAUGUUAGUGUAUGUAACUAUAGUAUUCGACCUAAAAUCAUACUUACUAAGCUCACAAAAACAAACUAAGAUAAUUAAGAAUUCCAAUUAUCAUUUAGUGAACAACAAUUUCUUUAGAUGAUUGUUAUUGUUAUUGAGGGGGCUAAAGAUGACGAAUAUGACGUUGAAAUCAAACCCGUGAUCUCAAUUACUUCUAUAAUGACUGAUGCAUCAUAUAAGAUACUUGUCUAUUUUAAAAGUAGCAUUUCAAAUCCUGUGUUAAAGGUAACGCUAAGAUUCUCUAACGAAACAAAGUUGGUAUUAUCAUCUCCUCACAAAAUGUCAAAUGAGAAUCAAUCCCUUAUUUCUAAAACAGCUCUUCUAGGUCGAAUUGUUAUGUAUAUCAUCCUGAUUGUAAGUGGUGUAGCUUUUUUGGCUGGCAAUUUAGAAAUUUUAUGGAAUCUCCUUGAUAUGCUUUAAUAAUUAUCAUAUUUGAAAUUCCACAAUCUCCAAUUUCCAGAAAACUUGUAAGUUUACUUUGAAAUUUUUACUAUUGGCUCUUUUACUCCCAUAAUAAACAGCUUAUAAACAGACAUGUAUUUACAUGAUUUAUUUGAUUUCGAAAUUCCAAUAAUACCAGGGAAAUGGAAAUUUGAAUACUAUUAAAUCAAUUGUUACUUUUUGAAUAACUUGUAAACACUAGUCACUGUAAUUAUAAUUGGAUUUGUUUAUUUUGUAGUUUCAUAUAUCUUCUAUAAAUUCCUUGUUCUUGUUAAAUACUAAAAUUGGCCAGCUAUAUUUUAUUAAAUUUAAUCACAAAGCCUCUUUUAACUUGUCAGAUUUAUUUUCUCCCUUUAGAAGUUAGCGAGAAAAUAAUAUCAUUAUUUCAUUUACUCUGGAUUAAUCAGAAUAUUUACUUCUAACUUUUAUGAAAUAACCUUUACUUCCGUUUUAUAAAUUGCAAAUUACAAUACUGAUACUACUUUAAAUAGAAACAUUUCAUUAGCAGCAUUAAUUACAUUACUAGUGAAUAUGUGUUUGGUAGCAUUCUUUUUUUCUUAUUUAUGCAAAAAAGACAAAGUUCCAAAGACAUUAUCAGUUUUAGUGGAAGGAAUUGAUAAUAAUGGUUAAUAAGGGUCUAAAUAGUAUUUUACUAUAUUACUGAUUAAAAAAACAUUAUUUAUUUGUAAUUUAGUUGUAUUUUAAGGACUUAUGGCUGCUUAGAGUCUAAUUACAGCUUGUUUAUCAGGAGUAUUUUCUUGUUAUAUUUAUAUUUAUCAACCUUUCGAGAACAAAAUUCUAAUCAUGCUUAAUGUAAUACUCUUUUCUGUUUAUGAUAUUAUUAAAUUUGAUUAAAGCAAGAAUUAAGCUGAAGUUUUAGGGUGGAUUAAUGUAGGUGGUUUUACAUUAAUUCUCAUUGUCACUUUAGCUAUUGAUGUCUAU